UCCCAGACUCCCACAUAAUCCUUUUGCAGCACAUUAUUGGUAAGAUAAAAAAUUUCAGCCUCAACUCAAACUCACAUUUCGAAUGCAAGCAGCAUUGGCAGCCAUGGCCGCACACACCAUUCUCGCAUCUGCACCUUCUCAUACAACAUUCUCUCUCAUCUCUCCCUUCUCUUCCACGCCCACAAACGCCCUUUCAUCUUCCCUUCAAUCUUCUUCCUUCAAUGGUCUCUCCUUCAAGCUAAGCCCAACCACCCAAUCCCUCUCUCUUUCUACUUCCGCGGCCUCGAAACCACUCACCAUUGUUGCUGCUACCAAGAAAGCUGUUGCUGUUCUUAAGGGUACUUCUAAUGUUGAGGGCGUCGUCACUUUGACCCAAGAAGAUGAUGGUCCAACUACAGUCAAUGUCCGUAUUAGUGGACUUGCUCCUGGGAAGCAUGGAUUUCACUUGCAUGAGUUCGGAGAUACAACAAAUGGGUGCAUGUCUACAGGUCCACAUUUUAAUCCUGAUAAGAAGACACAUGGUGCUCCGGAAGAUGAAGUCCGGCAUGCGGGUGACCUGGGAAACAUUGUUGCUAACACAGAUGGAGUGGCUGAGGCUACCAUUGUUGACAAUCAGAUUCCAUUGACUGGACCAAAUUCAGUUGUCGGUAGAGCCCUUGUGGUUCAUGAACUUGAGGAUGACCUUGGAAAAGGUGGACACGAACUUAGUCCGACCACUGGGAAUGCUGGUGGAAGAUUGGCAUGUGGUGUGGUUGGAUUAACUCCAGUGUAGUCUGAUCAAUUUAUCUUAGGACUGUUGUCCGCGGAAGAUCUUUCAGUACUUGAUAUUAAAUACACGGGGUAGCAUUAUCAACGAGUUGUUCAUAUUGUUGAUGCCAUGUGAACCAUAAACUCCGUUGUCGUGCUAAACUAAAGGAGGAUGUAUAUCUUGUAUGAUUGUAUCUGUACCAUUGAUUGUGUUUCUUGAGGCUAAAGAGGGUUCCUGGUUUCGCAGAACCAACAUUUUUAGUAAUAAUAAGUUUGCAUCAUUACCUUCC